AUGUACGAGCCCGACAAGGAGAAAACUGCGUUACUGAUCAAGCGAGGCACCUACAGCUACAAAGUUAUGCCACUCGGCCUCAAGAAUGUGGGAGCCAUUUAUCAAAGAUCCUACACAGGACUAUAUCUUCGCUGCCUAGCACCUCCUGAUGACUUAAAGGUUCUAAGCUCAAUCCACGAAGGCGUUUGUGGAAAUCACUCCAGAGGUCUAUCCUUAAUGCAGAAUGCUCUUAACGCAAGCUACUACUGGCCUACCAUGCACCAAGAUGCUAAAGAGUUUGUACAAAAGUGCGACCGCUGCCAACACUACAAGCCAAUACUAGCACUGCCUGCCAGCAAACUACACUUGCAGACGAGUCAUUGGCCUUUCAUGCAGUGGGCAAUUUAG